AUGUCUCGGGAAACCCUGAUACCGACAGUAUCUGUUUUGUACGUAACUGUGCGUCUGACGUCACCCCCCUUAGUAACCCUCGGCGGCGUCUCCAGGAGAGAAGGCAACAAGAUGGGAUUGCUGUCCAUCCUGCGUAAGCUAAAGAGCACACCAGACCAGGAGGUUAGGAUACUGCUGCUGGGUCUGGACAACGGCGGGAAGACCACCCUGCUCAAACAGCUGGCAUCCGAGGACAUCAGCCACAUCACCCCUACACAGGGAUUCAACAUUAAGAGCGUCCAGUCUCAGGGUUUUAAACUGAAUGUCUGGGACAUUGGGGGCCAAAGGAAGAUCAGGCCGUACUGGAGAAACUACUUUGAAAACACAGAUGUGCUGAUUUAUGUCAUUGACAGUGCUGACCGAAAGAGGUUUGAGGAAACAGGUCAGGAGCUGGCUGAGUUGUUGGAUGAAGAGAAGUUAAGCGGCGUUCCAGUUCUGAUCUUUGCAAACAAACAGGACCUGCUGACAGCCGCCCCGGCCUCUGAGAUCGCAGAGGGUCUCAAUCUGCACACCAUCCGGGAUCGCAUGUGGCAGAUCCAGUCCUGCUCCGCCCUCACUGGUGAGGGGAUUCAGGAGGGCAUGAAUUGGGUCUGCAAGAGCGUCAACGCCAAGAAAAAAUAGCUUUGCUUCUAGUCUUCUGCUACUCAGGAGGAACAGCAGCAGCAAACACACACACACACACACACACACACACACACACACACACACACACUAUCACACAUUGUACCCUCCUGAGCCUUAGUACGAUGGGAUAUACCUGUGAAUGUAAACACACUACUAAUCCAACAUGGACUUGGAGUUUUUAACCCCCUACAUUCCUGUAUCGCUGAUGUUUACUAAUCUCAACACAUCUUCCUACGUUGGCCUCUACAAAGAAGAGGGAGGGAUGGGGGGGGGGUUGCCUUCAAAGGGAACCCAUGCCAGGAAAUCAACCCCCCUCCGCUCCUCCACACUCCACCCACGUCAGCAUCAGUGUCCCAGCCAAUCCCAGCCACCAUCCACAGCCUGUCACCACCUCAAACAUUCCCAUUAAACUGCUGUCUUUGAUUGGAAUUCCAGCUUGUUCUUUAAACUCUAUCGCUCGCUGUCCAGGAAACCAGCCUCCUCCACCCAACCUCCAACCGCCCCUCCCAUCUCCCAUCAUCUUUUUCUCCCAUCUCCUUCCUACAGGUUGACAUGUAUUGUUGUUUUUAUUUUUUAUCAUUCCAUGAUGGCUGUAAGCGCUUUUCCUGCUAUGGCUCUGUUUGAAGUGAGGUAUAUUUUUGUAAUUGUUUUAUUUAUGGUGAAGUAGAGUGUAGAGUGCUUUUCAAACAACGACUGGUGUGGUGUGUGUGAUUUCAAGGAUGUUGGAGAAAAGGUCCGACUCUCCCCACUAAAGCAUAAUACUGUACAUGUUAAUAUGUAUAAAAAAAAAGAUGAAAUUAAAAGGUUAAGAGGAACUACAUUUUUUGGAUCAACUGUAAAUAGCUUGGCCCUGUGUUCAUAUGUUACGUUAUGCAUAUGUUAUAGAGUAUAUGUUACCCUGCUGUACUGUGUAAUCUAUAAUGUUUGCAUAUGUAAUAUAUGCUGGCAGAUUUUUAACAGAGGUAUACCGUAUGUACUGUAUGUCCCAAUGCAUUUCUUUGUGCUCUUUGGAUUAGUGAGGGAAUUCACUCUUUAGGCGUGUCCUUUUGAUAUUCUUGAAUGUAAUCUGUCCAGAAUUGAAGGUACUA